AGCUUGUCCAGCGCGCACAGCUGACGGACAACAACAUUGCAGGCCAGUCGCUUAGGUAGCAGUAGUGAAGGUAGGGUGGAGAAGCACGGUUACAACCAACUGUUUAAAAAGAUGUCUGUCAACAACCAGUAACAACAUUUAACCAGUUGGUUUGCUGAGUCACUUUUCAAGUAUUUCAACUUCAGGGUAGUCCGAAAUUGUAGUCGUCGAGCUUGGAAAGAGGGGGAAGCUACUAGCGAGAGGCAGUUUUUAGGCUUGGUGGAGAGGGGAACACUCGGUAUAUCCUCGGACUGAACAUGGCAAUGUCCCUAAUCCAAGCCUGCCGCAGUCUAGCUCUCUCAACAUGGCUGCUAUCCUUUUGCUUCGUGCAUUUGCUGUGCCUGGACUUUACGGUGGCGGAGAAAGAAGAAUGGUACACCGCGUUUGUCAACAUUACUUAUCUGGAUCCCGUGACUUCAGAAAUCAAAACAGAGAAGACUGAGUGUGGAAGAUAUGGCGAGCACUCCCCCAAGAAAGAAGCAAGAGGGCAAGUGUUGAUGCCUUUUCUCUUGCAAGAAAGACAAGCUUGCGACCCAAACGCUAAGUAUCCCCUGCCUUAUCAAAACAAUGCUUGGGUGGCGUUAAUAGCUGCAGGGAAUUGUACAUUCAGAGAUAAAAUUCGCAACGUCGCUGCACUCAACGCUUCUGCAGUCAUCAUUUAUAACGUGGGCUCCACUAAUGUCAACGAUACCAUAACAAUGCCCCAUCAAGGUAAACUACACUUUCAGGGGAGCAAUGCAUCAUACUCAUCAAGCUGUGAUGCACUGUAUCUCUUGUAUGAGAUACACUGUACAAUAUCACUGUGCUAAGAGUGCUCUGCUCUCUUAUCAUGUUGUUAUGGCAAUGGCACACAUUGUUUUAGGCUGUUGGAUACUGGCCAGGCAUUCAUGUCAGUAGGCUACAAGCUCAAAACUUUCAGUUGUAAACCUGCAUCACUCCUCAUUCCUCCUAGCUGUGUGAUAAUUAUCAAUGAACAACUUUUCUCCACAAAACUUGAUUUUGGAAUGCAGGCCUACUUUUUAAUGGAAUGGGCCCCUUGUGUAAAAUAUAUAUGGUGAUACUAUGAUGCAUAGCCCAUGCAUGAACUCACCAUGACACUGGGAGUUGACUCCACCCAGCUCGUAUAAACUGUUGAUGCAUGUUUCCCUGACUGCAUUGGGAUAGAUCAUCAGUCAGGCUGUCAUGUCCUACACAUUCCCUAUACAUUUUAGCCUAUAUCUAAUUGUAAUCCAUAUCUAAUUCUUGCUGAUUAUGAACUGGGCCAAAGGUUGAGUCACCAUUUGGCAUGGUACUGGCUCAGACCCAGGCUGAGGCUGUUGUGUAAGUUAGUUCUCGUGUAAUUUCUCUCUCCGGCUCAUUCUUAACCGUCUCAAAGUCUGACCUCACCUCGCUCCAUCUCCUUCUUCAGCACUGAUAACUGACCAGGUGAAAGCCAGCCUAAUGGUGAGCUUCCACCAUAUUGUUUUCACUUGUCAAGUAUGUUCCAAUCAGUGCAGAUGAAGGGAACUGAGGAAGAUGAAGAGACAUAUUUUUUUGGGGGGGAAUUUAGAGCCUGUCGAUCUCCUGCUCUCCCCCUGAGCCAUGCAGGAAAGAAUCAAGGACAAAGAGGAGCAGAGGGGACAGGAAGUAGGAGGAUUUUAGUUUUAGGUGGACAUCAAUAUUCAUGGAAGAAGGAUUUAGCACAGUUGAGAUUUCCUCCCAAAAUGAUUUCCAUAUUUGGGUUGUAAAGCUGAGUCCUGCUUUGCAAGAGAUCCAAAUGACAAUCCAUAUUUGUACAGCUCCUGUCAACUUAGUGUGUGUGCAUGUGGAAGAGUGUUUGUUUGUUUUCAUAAAACCUAUCCAAUUCAAUGGUGACACUGAAAUACCGUAAAUACACUUAGUGUAUUAAUGGGGUCGACAGACAGACAGACUAAUUCAAACGUACUAAUUGAGUAAUCUCUGUUUAGCCUUGGCUUGAACAUCUACAGAAAGCGGCGGUUAAUAUGACAACUUUUCUUAGACAUCUGAUUUCAUGGCGUGCUUUUAAUUUAACUAUCACAGCUUAGUGUUGGGUGGACAUGUUUAAGACGAGCCAGCUAGGAGAGUCAGUCCAUGGGAAUAUCUGAGGCAGCCGUUUUCCCCCAAGCACAUCCAAUGGGCAUUUUAAUCAGUUGGGUAUGUUAUCCCUCAGUCAGAGGUGUUUCCGUCUGGCCCGGAUCCAAUACUGGAGCUAACAGAGAAGGCUUUAAUAGACAAAACUGGUGGUAACUGGCUGCCAAGUUUCCACUGUAGACCACUCUCUUUCAUAUGUAGGCCGGGUAGGCCCCCCUACCUCUGCAAGUGACCGUUUGGUGGUAGUGAUGGUGGUGGGCUCUGGCCACUAAACUUGCACCAUCGCUGCAAAGGAAAAGGUCUUAGGAGAAACCUAGGGUUCGGCCAUCUUAUGAGUCUUACACAAAACACCCACCUCCUCUCCUCUCCAUCCCUGAUGAUCCAUGAUCCAUACUUUCUCUCCACAUUCCUUAUAUUUUCACACGCAGUCAAGUCUUAAUAUGACUCUGACUUGUGUGUGUGUGUGUGUCAGCGCGGUUGCCCGCCUGCGUUUUGAGCUCGACUAUGCUCCUUUGUCCAUACUGUAGCUCUCGGUUUACUGGGACAAAUCAUAUUAAUGGAUUGAAAUGAAACUAACCAUGUCUGUGUCUUAACACCACAUGACUGUGCGACUGGUUUGACGAUGUGCUGUAAAAUGUAGCACCCUCCUUCACAAUAGGCUGACAGGCAGUGCGUAACCUAUCACCCUGUUAGCACACUGCCAAACUGCAUUAGCCUGCUGCAACAGCACUGACACACCUCCUCCAACCAAUACAGAGUGGUGUGUGUCUGUAUGGGCAUCCAAGCUGUGCAGGUGAUAGGGUUGCCAUGAGGGUUGGCGUCAAUGGAAUGGUUACCAUUGUUGACGUUUUGGCCUCUUUAACUGAGGAUUACUCCAUGUGGACCACAACAGGUAAUUACAUUCAUAUAAACCCCUUUGUUCACAUUCACUGGCAGUCUCUGACAGUACAGGGCUUGGAAUCUAUCUGCGUCCACAGGGAAGACAGUGGAGUGCCAGCAUGCUGGCUGCUAAUGGGGAAGUGAGGAGAGACGACGGAAGGCCCUACCAGACGCCUCAGACACACGGGGCCAGCCGGGGAGGGAGGAGGGGGGUGUGUGGCCACCUCUGGCGAGCUCGCUGAGAACCCCAUUGGGCCCCUCCCUGCUUGCCUGGCACAGGCCCAGGAGAUGUGUCUGUUAAAGCAUUAGCAUUCUUCAGUUUGGCUAGGCGAACCAAACAAGUGUGCUUGCAAACUCUCUUAAAAGACCCUCGCUUGAAAAACGAGAAAAGCGGCAAUAGUACUGCUUGUCCAUUUUGAGACGCCAGAGCCAGUAUACACUUCCUCAAAAUAGUCAGAAUUAAUCUAAGCUAAUUCAAGAAAUAUGUCAUUAAUUUUGAAGUUUUUCCUGAGGAGAUCUUAGUCUCUGAAUUUUACAUCUAACUAAGAUGUUUGGUGAAGUAUUUGUCUCUUUUUUUAUUUUAUGACAAUGAGUCGUCUCUCGUUGAAUGACGACAAAGAUUUUAUUGAAGAAUCCCUACUAAUGACCAAUCACCGAUGAAGGGGCGUAGACUUCGCGUACUGACUUCGGCUUGCCUCAAGAAUUUUUUGUGUGUGCCUGAACAGCCGAGAAAACCCUUACCAAAGUCCAAAGUGAACAAAAACGUCACAAAAAGUUGUCAUAAUAUAUGCACUAACUCUUCCGAAUUAUUUAGUCUGGGAAGCAUGAGGACACCUACUGAGAGGGUACAGCAGGCCGGCGGUCCCUACGGAAAAGAGGAGACUGCUAUUUCUGGGGCUGCUACGACUCAUUCUCCCAGCCCUGAGACGAACAGACUGAGAGAGAGACCGAGAGGGAGGGAGGGAGGGAGGAGGGAGGGAGGGAGGAGGAGAGAGAGAGGAGGAGGGAGAGGGAGGGGGGAGAGAGAGAGAGAGGAGGGAGGGGGGGAGGAGGAGAGAGAGUGUAGGCGGGGGAGCGGUCGAGAGGAUGAAUCCGGAGGAGAGAGACGAUCAGAGAUGAGAGAGAGAUAGGAGACGAGAGAGAGAGAGAGAGACUGCGAGGGAGAAGAGAAAACGAGAUUGAGAUGGACACCGACGAAAGAGUGCAACGAUGAGGGAAAGGGGGACAAAAAGAAAGCAAGAGAAAGAACAGUCCUCCUCUCGGUGAGCCAACAGAAGUGGACUGUAUCGGCCAGGGUACUCGAGAGCCAAGAAUCUGUCUCUCGUUCUCUCUCUCUCUCUCUCUCUCUCUCAUCUUAAUUUGGUUGGCCCCACCUGUGACAAAGAAAGCAUACAAGGCCUUUUUGUAUGAGAACACUCAGACCUCUGUGUGGACAGAACACAUAUGAAUCCUAUCAGGGCUGAUCUUUAUGAAAGACUUGACAUUUGCAGUCUGGCUUUAAUAUCGAGGGAGAGCAAUGAACAUGUGGAGGACAUUUUCUGAGAGCUGGAAUUAAUCACUAGAUUACUAUAUGACGUGGCUCCCUCCCUCUGUCAGAUCUUUUCAGUUUUUCUUUCCUGGCCUUGUUUUUUUUAGGCAGUUUUGUCGGCCAUCUUGGCUAUGCAAAUGUUGGUUGCUACAAGUAUUCAUUAUUUGAUAUUUUUAUGCAAAUGUUCACUGGAUAGGCUAACACCGUUGAUAUUGAACAAGCAUUUGCCUGUUUAAUUCCAGCUAACCAGAUACUAUUAUCCACUACACAGCAGGUUCUGCUGCCCUCAAGGCUGCUAGCAAAAGCUAAUCCUCAGCAGCACUAAACAGGUUAGCGCCUUCCUCCAAAAAUAAACUGCUCAAUCACUCUCUCUUCCCCCUGGCUUGCCUUAUUAUGCACUAUCCUGCCUUAUUAUGCACCAUCCUGGUUUAUUAUGCACUAUCCUGCCUUAUUAUGCACCAUCCUGCCUUAUUAUGCACCAUCCUGCCUUAUUAUGCACCAUCCUGCCUUAUUAUGCACCAUCCUGCCUUAUUAUGCACCAUCCUGCCUUAUUAUGCACCAUCCUGGUUUAUUAUGCACCAUCCUUGUUUAUUAUGCACCAUCCUUGCUAAAGGGUGUCCUCAAAGAGGAGAGAUUGUGGUCCAGUUCAGCCUCUUGUCGGGCCAUCGGUUGAUAUAACACACUGCUUUGAUUUUUAGAAGCAGCUAUUUUGGUUCUUUCGUUUCUCUCUGUCUCGCUCUGUCUCUGUCUCUCUCUCUCUCUCUCUCUCGCUCUCUAAAUGAAAUGGAAUCGCCUACUAGUUGCAGACAGUGGUGAAAAAAUUUGUAUGUCAUCUUGCCCCUUGUGGAAUAUCUUUGUGUCUGUAUUCUGGUCUCCUUCAUCUGGGUUGUAAUUUCUAGCCUGGUCCCAGAUCUGUUUGUACGGUCUUGCCAACUCUUAUGGUUAUUGACGUGACGAUGACCAUAGGAGUUGGCAAGACAGCACAAACAGAUCAGGGACCAGUCUAUGUAAUCCCAAAGCCCACCCAGAUGGUCAAGAUGGCUAAAACCUUGAGUCUACUCUGCACUACCUACUUAAGAUCUCAUACUUUGAACAGCUGAAGCAUGGCCAGUGUGCAAAAGCAACUUUGCAGACCGCAGAACUUUGUCAAUGUGUUCCCUUACCUUGGUCAUCAUAUCGUUCUCAAGGCUCAUAGAGGUGAAGAAGUUAAUCCCCUCCUUGAGGCCAUGUGUUGCUACUAAACUUUCGGCAUCCAUGUUGGAUUGUGCCCUCAUGUCCAGACAGCUUUUCAUGCAUAUCAGUUGAAGGGUAUCUGGGGUGAAAAGUCUUUAGGUUAGCAAGCCCAUUAUGUUUUUUUUAAAGCUGUGUAGUGUUUGACAGUGUGUAGGGCUCAGCGUUAACGGAAUAGUAUUAGCAGCCGUGAGAUCCGUUUACCGUGCACACACAGCCUUGUUUUUCUGCCGGUGAUUGAGACGGUGAUUGCAUUAGGAGCUCUGACACAAACACACUCUGAAGUGGCUACCGUUAAGUUAUGUAUAAACAAACCAUGGUGCUGCUGCUCUGGUCGUUGCUAAUUCAGCCAACUGUGUGUGUGAGUGCUUGCAUAUAGGCCUAUAUGUCAAGUCCUUGGACCUAAUGCAUUGUGCCUUGCUGUAUGUAAACCCUAUAUGCAGGAUAACACAGUAACCUCCAGCCUACUACCCAUUGUUCAUUGUUACAUCACAAUGUGAUUUAGGCCCCGUCUAUGCCAGGACACUGGCUCCAGAGCUCUUCGGUCCUGAUGCGCUUAUUUCAUUAGAAUGCUGUUUAACCCCCCAAAUUAGAUUUAGUCUAGUCGUUUUGUUUUUUGGGAAACAAUUUGGCAAAUCUGAAGCCAAAAAACGACCAGCUCGUUACAUAUGGAGAUUUCUGAGCAUAAUAAUGCAUUGCGCCUUUCCCAUAUGAAAUGUGUGGUGUUCAUGGGGGAUCAGUCCCUGCGUCACACACACACACACACACACACACACACACACACACCCCUCUAGGUUUAUACAUUUUCAGGACCGCAUCAUGAACCUGGGCGCCAUGGCGACCGACCGAGAGAACAGAGAAACAGAGUUUUAUUCUCUCUCUCCAUCUCUUCUCUCUCCUCUGACCACCCUUUUUCACCCGCUCUAUUUUUACCUAUUUUCACUGUUAGCUAGACCCGUACAGAUGUGAGUCAUGCAACUCUGCCAAGGAAAAUUUGCAUACCGUGCAUGCCGUAUCCCAUAGGCAGCAUGUGAGUUUCAAGUUUGGGGAAGCAAAUUUUCACCAUAAAAAUGCACCUUUAUAAAGCAUUCCGUGCAUCAUCAUAUUUGCAUACUAAUGUAAGAUAGCCUACUAUUCCUAAUGUGAUGGUCCUCUGUACCUCAAUUGGUAGAGCAUGGUGCUUGUAACGCCAGGGUAGUGGGUUCGAUCCCCGGGACCACCCAUACGUAAAAAUGUAUGCACACAUGACUGUAAGUCGCUUUGGAUAAAAGCGUCUGCUAAAUGGCAUAUUAUAUUAUAUUAGAUUGGAUAGUCAUAAUUUAGGCUAAUAAUAUAACUCAAUCACUGUUGAGCGUGUAUAGCGUGGGCUUUAGAGUAGAUCUUGGCUAUAGGCUAUAUCAGAUAUGUUUCUUCUUUGCAUGGGAAAAUGUUGGCCUUUUAUGAACACAUUUCAUGCAAUUCUACUACACUUUAUAUGACUGGAGACAUUAGCAGGGUAGCCUACUCUGCCUACUCUGCUGACACUGACAAACCGAUCAAUAAAAACAAUGUUGUCUGAUCCAUCUAAUCGGCCUAUGAGAAGGAGAGACGCAUACAUGACAUCCAUCUAACCUGGAGGAGGAAAUGAUUGUCCAAACACAAACUUUCAAGUGGCACUGACCCAACCACGAUAGAGUGAAUAUGCACACUCACCGGGAAUAUGGCCGAUGCUCUCCGCUGAUACCAAUAAGAUAGGCUAUACUGUUCACUCAAUUAAAUUGAGUAUUUUGAUAACUAAAAGACAGAUUAGUAUUUUCAUUGUCUUCUCUUUACAGCAAUAGCCAUUUGCUUUCCAAACUAUGUUUUCCUUCAAUUGUAUUUUGAAAUAUUGCAAUAUGCCUGGCUGGGCUUGUACUUUUCACUGACAUUCGCAACUCAACAAUCAUCUAUGUGGUAUUUGCCAGGCGCUCUGCCCAAAUUGCGGGCCCUUCUGACUGUAGGCAAUGCGGUUUAAAACAAUCCACAGUUUAUAUAUAUUUUAAAAAGCUAAUGAUCCUCUGUGGCCAAAUCAUAGUUUCUGGUAUAGUAGCUUAUUUUGAAUGAUUUUAUGUAUUUCUGUAUAGACAGGAGUAAGCUAAUUAGGCUAUAUAAUUUUGGCAAUUUCAUUCAAUUUACUUUAGAGGAAGCUUAGCUUCUCCUAGCCUUAUGGAUGCGCCGACUAUGUCGUAUCCAAUCUUUUGGCGGUUUUAAGUCCGCAUUUGUUAGUGAAUAUAUUUUAGUCUCUGGAUUAAAGUCCAAUGUUCUUUUCUAAACCGGGAUUCAUUAGUGAGUGGGUUGACUGAGUCAUCCAUUUUUGGAUGCCUUGCUGCUUGCUGUGUCUUUCUUGGGUUAAAAGUUUUGCAGCUACUUUUCUUUCUUCAGUCAGCUUUUUCCAACCUGUUUUUGUCUAUUCUGCAGUGAUAAUAUGGUGUCGCCACCUGCUAGGCGCCAGCGCUCCUUCUCUCUCUCUCUUUCUUUCGCUCUCUCUCUCUUUUUCUCUUUUUCUUUCUUUCUCUCUCUAUCCAUCCCCAGGGUAUGGUGAUAUAAUGGCCUUGUCCACUCUCAGACCUCCGUCGGGUGCCGAGGGUAUCCCACAAUGCCCUGUGGCUGGCGGGCUGCCCGGGCGGCGGUGGUGGCAGAGUGAAUGAGCCUCUCCUUUUAGAAAUGACUGAUAGAUGGAGUGAAGAAGUGAAGCACCCUGGGGCUUCUGUGUUCCUGUGGCUCCACACAGACGCCACGGUAACAAGGCCGCAGAGUCCUAGAGGAAAUUAUGUCACCGAGUUCCAAAGGCUAUUGAGUCACUAAUGCCCUUCACACAAACAUCAUCCCACCUCAAUGUGUGGCUGCAGAUGGAGUGUCCAUGGAGUGCAAUCUCUUGUCAGGGUUUUUAAAGCACUCAGACACAUCUGAUAGGAAGGAUAGCCUAUCUACCACUCUCUCACCUCACUUCCCAAUGCUUCACGCAGUGGUUAAAGUGUGUCCGUGUUCGAUAGACAGGCAGGCAGUACAUAGCUGCACGUUAUGUCACUCUGAGUCUUGCCUCGCUGAAGCUUUUUGGCCUGCUUCUUAUGAACAUGAAUGGCGGCCAUUUUGAAAUCUUGAGGGGAAUCGAUUGUGUUAUUUAGUGUGUUGACUUAGGACUUAGCCUACUUGAAGGAUAUUCUAUCACUGUAAUUAUUAUUUUAUGUGUGGAGAAAGGGUAUAUCGAAGCUGAAGUAACUUUUGGUUUGACGGUUGGUGAUUGUGUGAGGUGUCUGGUCAAAGGCCAGAGGGAGAGGGGCUAGCUGAGAGGUGAGGAUGAGGGCAAUCUCUGGUGGGAGGCCCUGUCUGGACUUGUUGGUUUCAACUCUGAAAGGGGUUAACUGAAGGGGACAUAGUGUUAAGACACAAAGUGUUAAAGUGACACCUCUGUUGUUCAUGACAUUGAUAACAUCCAACUCAACAACCUUCAACUCAGUUGUGAAAGUGUUGAAAGAUCCUUGGUUUUCCGCUCUGUUGACUGUCUGGUGGUGUGAACUAAUGGCUUUGCUAUGAAAUUAUGUUCCCUUGUAGAGUGCCGGGGUGGGGUGGGGUGGGGUGUGUACUUUGCUUGACCCUAAAUGGUGUUUGAGUUACCGAUCAAACCUUUUUAGUGGCAGCUGGGCCUGACCUAAUUGUCAAUUGGACUGUGUUAUCAGUGCGGUCUGGUAUUGUGACACCAGUGACGUGAAAUGUUCAAAACGUUGCUGAUAGAAAUGUCAGCUAGUGAAUAGAGCUGAUAUAAUUCCUUACUCGGUGACAGGCACAGAUUUGUUCUAGAUCUGUAACGUUUCUCCCUUCUGAACAGGACCCCAGGGCUCUGACCCAAACAUGGAGAGUCAGGGGUUUGUUUUGUUAGCGCUGCAUCCUGUCUCUGCCUGAAUUAACUCCCAGUAGGCUAGCCUAAUGCUAAUUACUCACUGUGUUCUACAGACAGUGUUCUGUGAAUACAGGUUAUUUAUAGUUCAGCUCAACCCUGAUACACAAUAGGGGUCUGAUACCUCCACAGAGGGGUUUCAAAUACCAUACAAAUGAAUAGGAUCAAAUGAAGCCACAAAGGAUCAAUUAAAGAGCCAUAUGCGGUUGUAGAUCUCUGUCCCAUACCAAAAAAUAAUAAUAAUUGGCACAUGAAUAUUGAAGUGUAGGUUGUUGCAACAAAUCCUUUAUUACCGUAAGUUUAUUUCCAAUGACCUACAACAUAUUUACAAUAGUUGGUUGUAUACAUUUUGUGGACACUGUGUAAUCUGUAGCAGCUGACAAAGUCCCAGUCUGUUUGUCUUGACUUUCUACCCACAUGGUGUUCACACAACAUUUGGUGCUGUGUGAUUUAGAAUAUAAGUGCCUGUCUCCAAGAGGCCAGUUAGACAUUUUCUCUGCUCUGUCCUGGAGAUAUCGCCCUUUUGCAACUUGUAAUAAACCGGAUAGAUAUUUGAUUGACUUUACCAACGACUCCUCUCCUUUUGGUUCACCUGGAAAUUCCAACAGGUACGGGGGAUAUCGUGGCGAUCAUGAUUCCGGAACCCAAAGGUCGGGAGAUCGCCGCUCUACUACAACGCAACGUCACGGUGACCAUGCACAUCACCAUAGGAACGAGGAACCUUCAGAAGUACGUGAGCAGAACGUCGGUGGUGUUCGUCUCCAUCUCCUUCAUCGUCCUGAUGAUUAUCUCCCUGGCAUGGCUCAUCUUCUACUAUAUACAGCGGUUCAGAUAUGCCAACGCUCGCGACCGCAACCAGGUAUGAUUCACUGUACAGACGCAUGAAUGUACACAUUUGUACACACACACACACACACACACACACACACACACACAACGCUCGCGACCGCUACCAGUUACGAUAUGACUGUAAUGACAGCGUAAACUAGCAGUUUGACCACAGUAUGAACAUACUUUUUCUAUGUCUAUAUGUAGAGCAUCUGCUUUCCCUGAGGUGAAUCAUCUGAUUCAUCUUCUCUAAACCUUUCCCUGGUUGUUCCUUCCAAAGGCCAAAAUUAAAAAUAGCCCGACAGCUGGGUUAGCUAGCGGAAACCUGUUGGACCGUCAACCGAGCCGGGUCUGCCACUUAGACAGUGUAGUCAAUGCACACACAAUGCAACCGGGAGACCCAUGGGGUGGCGCACAAUUGGCCCAGCGGCGUCCAGGGUAGGGGAGGGUUUGGCCGGCAGGGAUGUUCUUGUCCCAUCGCGCACUAGCGACUCCUGUGGCGGGCCGGGCGCAGUGCACGCUAACUCGGUCGCCAGGUGUACGGUGUUUCCUCCGGCACAUUGGUGCGGCUGGCUUCCGGGUUAAGCGGGCACUGUGUCAAGAAGCAAUGCGGCUCGGUUGGGUUGUGUUUCGGAGGAUGCAUGACUCUCGACCUUCGCCAUUCCCGUGUCCGUACGGGAGUUGCAGCGAUGGGACAAGACUGUAACUACCAAUUGGAUAUUACGAAAUUGGGGAGAAAAAGGGGGUAAAAAGGACAAAAGGGUUCUACCUGGAACCAAAAAGGGUCCUACUUGGAACCAAAAAGGGUCCUACUUGGAACCAAAAAGGGUCCUACUUGGAACCAAAAAGGGUCCUACUUGGAACCAAAAAGGGUUCUACCUGGAACCAAAAAGGGUUCUACCUGGAACCAAAAAGGGUCCUACCUGGAACCAAAAAGGGUCCUACCUGGAACCAAAAAGGUUCUACCUGGAACCAAAAAGGGUUUUCCUUUGGGGACAGCCGAAGAACCCUUUUGGGACCCUUUUUUCUAAUAGUGCACCGUCUCCCUGGACGAUGUUGACACAACCGUUAUAGAUGACCACAUGGGUUGUCAAGGGGAAUGGGCGCCAUGGUGAUCAUUUUUUUGCUUUUUUGUACCUGCUGGAGUUGAAUUGUGGUUCACUCCAAGAACUCGCCAGGCCUGAAACCACAAAUCUGUUCUCUGUUGAUGUCACAACGACUUUCCUUGAAGAUUGAUUGAGAGCAGCUGUGGGCAGUGGCCUGAUCUAAUGCGGUUAUUUUCCACUGUGAGAGUAAACCUAGAUAGCGAGGGUUAGCAGCCUACCCUUCUCUCAGUGUCUCUUAGUAUCUAUCUAUCAUCCACUCAAUCUCUCUCUCUCUCCGUCAUGCCUUUAGCUCUCUAUCUCUCAACAAUUCCAGACAUUCUUUUCUCUCUUUUGGGUUGCCAGGUUCAGUUGCUUAUCUUUCCCCCACCUUCUUUGUUGUUCUUUGAUCUUCUAUGAGCAGAGACGUCUCGGAGACGCAGCCAAGAAGGCCAUCAGUAAGCUCCAAGUACGAACCAUCAGGAAAGGAGACAAGGUAGACCUGGCUGCAUACUUUACUAACCCCUUCUAUGAUGUUGGAUAAAUGUGUUACGAAGGUUGUUAUGAAUGAUACCUGCCAAACUCCUAAAAGUUUCAUGACUGGUUUCAUAAAGGGGGUGUGAAUACCUUAUGUUUAGACCCCACGCAUGUAAAGUGUUACCAAAACAAACUAUUUAAGUAGAUAUGACCUUGAUUGUAGGGUUUUAAACCGAAGGGAACCGUUUCCCCACGCUCCUGCUAACCACAGCAUUUGAUAAUGAACUUCCAUCAGCCCAAUGAUAAUGACUGACUCAUUUUAAUUUUGUGUGUGUGUGUUUUGGCGUGUGUGUGUUUUAAUUGUAAUUCAUUAUACACGCUGCAUGGCUUUUGAUCCGCUCCACUUUAUUCACCUUCCAGGAAAUGAAAAUGAGGCUAGACAACCAACCAAAUGUCUCCUGUGUGUUUGGUGUUCUAGGAAACGGAGUCUGACUUUGACAACUGUGCUGUGUGCAUCGAGGGCUAUAAAGCGAAUGAUGUUGUAAGGAUAUUGCCAUGCAGGUACGACAGCCUCUCCUAUAGAGAGAGCAGACACAUUGACACACAUUACUAUCAUUGUCUCCUAUAGAUCAUGUGUUGCAGUAGGUCUAUUGGGAAUGAUUGGCAGUCAUUUAAUAUGCUACAAUAAUAUACUGUUCUGUAACUGAGAGGAUAAGUAGAAGAUGAUGAGUGAUGCUAUGUUACCAAGGAGACUGUGACUAUGGAUCACAUCAUCAAGGCUGGUUGAUUUGAUAUAUGUGUGUGUGUGUGUGUUUCUUUGUGUGCGUAUUCGUGUGUGUGACUCUGUCCUCAGGCACGUCUUCCAUAAAAGCUGUGUGGACCCCUGGCUUCUGGACCACCGGACCUGUCCCAUGUGUAAAAUGAACAUCCUCAAAGCACUGGGGAUACCUGUAAGGAGUCUUUAUUGCUUUCCAGUUUCAAAAUCUAUCCGUCUCUCUUUCAUUCCCAACACUGGUCCUGGAGAGAUUCUAUUUUUGGAAAGUGAGGUUUUUAUUUAUAUUUGAUUGAUUGAUUUCCCCCAGCCCAACUUUGACUGUGGGGAUGACAUUCCGCCAGACUAUGAGAUGUCAGUGGGAGGCCCGCCCACCAACCCCAUCACAGGGGCCAGUGACAUCACGGUGAACGGGGAGGAGAGCUCGGUGGUGCUGGACCCCAUGGACAUGGAAAGGACGAUAGGGCUGCCACAGGUCUACCACGACGCCCACGAGACACUACCACAGGCCGGGGACAGCCGACACAUCGCCAGCAGUGAGUAUAGACACACACCUAUGCACCUGCGCGCGCACACACACACAAAUGCAUUCAAACAUAUGCGCAUACACACACACACAGAUAUACGCAUAUACAUGUAACACACUCUCACACACACUCACGCCUAUGCUUUGGUUCCAUCCCAGCACUAACAGAACUUCUUCAACUAACCUGUACUUCCUCAACACAGACCAGUGAACUCACACCAGAACACUCCCCCAUACCUGUCAUGUUCAGAGUUGUGCUAUGGUGGGAUGUAAAAGGAGCACUGUAUUCUGAAAUAGACCACAGUGUCCCCUCUGUCUCCACCAGAACAGAGAGUAGUUGCUCUCUCUAACAGAGCACACUGUCCUGGUUCUUCACACGUGUGUUGAAAUGGCACCGUAUUCCCUAUAUAGCGCACUAUUUCUGGCCAGGGGUCAUAGGGCUCUGGUCAAAAGUAGUGCACUAUAUAGGGAAUAGGGUACCAUUUCAAAUGCAGCCCUGUACUGGCGUGGCUUAGCUAGCCCAGGGCCGAAACUAGGCCAUCAGCCACCUGCUUUACUGUUCCCUGAAUCCAGUCCCUGGCCAGAGCAGGAGAGAAGGAAUAGUGCUCCCUUCUUUUCAAAGUCAAAAGCUAACCCAAAUGCAUUGGCAUGGUUUACAUACGUAGCAUCGGAGUAUGUUUUAAGGUUGCCGUGCUUGCUAUUAGCAAGUUCCUAGCAUAAAGGCAGUACAGCACUGAGCCGUUGAUAGGCACAUUGUGUUUUUUGAGUUAGCUUGUUUGCGAACAGCUGGUUAGCAUAUGGCACUUGUUAGGCUGUGUGUGUGUGUGUGUGUGUGCACGUGUGUGUCAGCCCGGAGAGUGGCGCAGGAGUGUGUUGACGCUGGCACGGCCCACUUCCGGUCCUGCCCACCGUGCUGAAAUUCCACCUGCAGUUGGCACGGCUGCCGACCAAAACGCUCGCCUCUCGUGCCAAUGGAACAAGUUAAUGCUGCCUUUGUGACAGCGUCUUAUUAGCUUCCAGAGGCCUCUACUGUACCUUAAAGACCUGUUAAACACUUUGGACAGCAUCAAGUUGCUAAGCCCAUUCAAAACAUUAGAAACCUCAUUCCCAUAACACAAGCUGACUUCUUGCGCACCCAUGAAUGCCAGUCAAUGUUCUACCUUCAAGGUAGUUGAACCCUUUUUACACUGAGUUUACACGCCUGUAUGUCUUUCAACUGUGAACAGCUUGUUCCCUUUUUGAGCCUUGGCAUUUCUGUCACACCUACCUUGUGUUAAAUAUUAGCUUUCUCGGUUCCAUCCCGGUGCGUAUUCAAAAUUCCCCACCUGCUGUUUAUUGUAAGCCCCUGAAUGGAUAUGCGUUGUCAGGGGGAAUGAUUUGUGGGUUGCGCAAAAGGCAGAGCCCAAUCUGGCUGAGUCAUUGCUUAUGGAAUGGCAUGGCAGUACUGCCACUCAAGGCCUAUUUGUCGUAAGGCGCCACAUUAGCCUUAUUGUAGCCUGGCUGUCACCAGCACGAUAGCUUACUGCAGUAUAGGCAGUAAAAUGAACUUGGCGUGCACUGAGGGGAAUGACAUUUGGGGUAGGGAGAAAAAAAGCGCAGGGCCCAUAUUCACAGUGUCUCAGAAUAGGAGGGCAGUACAUAUCAUUGGAUUUACUAUGAUCUAAACUGCAAAACUGAUCCUAGAUCAGCAGUCCCCUCGAAGAGUAACGUAGCAUGUCUGAGGGGUAUACUACAAAGUAGGACGAGUUAGCCAGCUAACUUUGAUAAAUAACCAGAAAUAACAGUUUUUAUUUUCUGGUUCAUUAAGAAAGCUACGUUUUAGAUAUGUGUUUCUAGUUGUUGAAUCAAUUAGACCAUGCCCAUUUCAAGCUUAUCUUUAUAAACAAACAAAAACAUAUUUUAGAAUAUUCCGGCAGUUAGCUGGUUAACUCCUUGAACCUGCUUUGUAGUGACAACCAGCAGAUCUGUUCAUGUUGAGUCAUACAGGACAAUAAAGCCUCCAAGUAGCUGAGUCAUACCAAGUGCUCCUGGUCUUUCCUACCUGAUCUCCCUAGUGAUGUUAUUAUAGUUAGGUAGCGUUGCUAACAGAGGCUCCUGGCUUUUAAGAGGAUUAUGAUGAGGUGUGUGUGUCUGUGGAGAAUAGAUGAUGAGAUGUGUGUCUGUGUUCGCCUGUCUGCCAGAGCUAGAGCCAGUCUGCAGUGCUGAGACAGGGUUCUGGCUCCUCCCGGUGAUAGCUGACCUCCACUGGACACACAUCAACCCUGGCCAUCUGGAGGGGUUGUCAUGGUUACAGGGGCGGGCACACACUCAGAGACACACUUUCUUCCCCUCCCUGCCUCUCUCUCCUCCCUUCUGCUUCUUCCUCUCUCUCCCAAUAACAUUCAGACUGUCAGUUUCUCUCUUUAUCAGUCUCCCUCUCUUUCUUUCUUGUCGCUCUCUCUUGUCUCUCUCUCUCCCUCUCUCUCUACCUUAGGAGAGUGUCAGUAGCUCUUGUCUAACACAAGCCUUAACCUCUCCUCCUCUCACCAGUCUCUCUCUGUUCCUCAUCAGUAUCUAUCUGUUGCUCACCAGUCUCUCUCUGUUGCUCACCAGUCUCUCUCUGUUCCUCACCAGUCUCUCUCUUUGUUCCUCACCAGUCUCUCUCUGUUCCUCACCAGUCUCUCUCUGUUCCUCACCAGUCUCUCUCUGUUCCUCACCAGUCUCUCUCUGUUCCUCACCAGUCUCUCUCUGUUCCUCACCAGUCUCUCUCUGUUCCUCACCAGUCUCUCUCUGUUCCUCACCAGUCUCUCUCUGUUCCUCACCAGUCUCUCUCUGUUCCUCACCAGUCUCUCUCUGUUCCUCACCAGUCUCUCUCUGUUCCUCACCAGUCUCUCUCUGUUCCUCACCAGUCUCUCUCUGUUCCUCACCAGUCUCUCUCUGUUCCUCACCAGUCUCUCUCUGUUCCUCACCAGUCUCUCUCUGUUCCUCACCAGUCUCUCUCUGUUCCUCACCAGUCUCUCUCUUGUUCCUCACCAGUCUCUCUCUGUUGCUCACCAGUCUCUCUCUGUUCCUCACCAGUCUCUCUCUGUUCCUCACCAGUCUCUCUCUGUUCCUCACCAGUCUCUCUCUGUUCCUCACCAGUCUCUCUCUGUUGCUCACCAGUCUCUCUCUGUUCCUCACCAGUCUCUCUCUGUUCCUCACCAGUCUCUCUCUGUUCCUCACCAGUCUCUCUCUGUUCCUCACCAGUCUCUCUCUGUUCCUCACCAGUCUCUCUCUGUUCCUCACCAGUCUCUCUCUGUUGCUCACCAGUCUCUCUCUGUUGCUCACCAGUCUCUCUCUGUUCCUCACCAGUCUCUCUCUGUUGCUCACCAGUCUCUCUCUGUUGCUCACCAGUCUCUCUCUGUUGCUCACCAGUCUCUCUCUGUUCCUCACCAGUCUCUCUCUGUUCCUCACCAGUCUCUCUCUGUUCCUCACCAGUCUCUCUCUGUUCCUCACCAGUCUCUCUCUGUUUCAGGACACGCUCCCAGACUCCCUGCCCUCUCUCCCCCUCCAAGCCUUUAUGGAACCAUGACAAAAUGGAGCCAUGGACAGACAGGAUUUAACCGUUAUAUAUUAGUAUUAUGUUGGCCUUGUCAUUACCUCCUUGAGGAUGCAGCUCAUGUUUGGUGCCUGCUUACAACUUGUAUGGUUGUAAAAUUAGUUCCACUUUUACUAAAUAAUUCAAAUAGCUUCUGCCAGUGCAUUUGGAAAUGGAUGAUGUGUAAUUAACACACACACACACACACACACACACACACACACACACACACACACACACACACACUCUGUUUAGUUCUGUUGUGUUGGUUGUCAAGCGAGACUCAUUAUCAGCCCGUCACACAGUCUGUGUUCUUCCUGCAUCAAUUAGCUCAGAGUUAAUGGGAGUUCUGUUGUUUGUUUGUCGUGGCGCUAACUAGCUAACGGCGCCGCCAGACAACCGCCCCGAGAUGAACGAGCUGAUCUAUCAGUGUUCUGCUGAAUUGCCGUGUUGCAGUGACAGAUCGCUGUGCACGCUAUGCCCGCCAGCGUGAACAACGACCGCUGUCUGUUAACUUAUUACGGUUAUCCUUCACUUUGGACCGUGCUACAGCAAGGCUUGAUUUGCUGCUGUAAAGUGGGACAGGAGUGGUGUUAGUCCAUAGAGAGCAUCUGUGAGUUGUUUCCAUGUUGUGUCAGAGUGGGAGUGGGACUACUAGUCGCUGGAAGUAGAUUGAUGGUCCCAUGUACUUCUCUAGUUGUUUUCUAUUCAUCUGACUGUGUAGUACUGCUAUUCAUUUUUAUUUAACCUUUAUUUAACCAGGCAAGUCAGUUAAGAACAAAUUCUUAUUUACAAUGACGGCCUACCAAAAGGCGAAAGGCCUCCUGCGGGGACGAGGGCUGGGAUUAAAAUAUAAAUAUAGGACAAAACACACAUCAUGACAAGAGACACCACAACACUACACAAAGAGAGACCUAAGACAACAACACAGCAUGGCAGCAACACGACAACACAGCAUGGUAGCAACACCACAUGACAACAACUAUCUCCUAAGACCCUGUGUAGUGCUGCUAUUGCCUAAGACCCUGUGUAGUGCAGUGUGUCUUUGGUCAAGUGGACAUCACAGCAUUUACAGAGCAGUUUACAUCUCUUGUCAGGUUCCCUGCGAUAAGCCCUCAUCAGUAGCCUCAUCUUGUCUCUGCUGCUGCAAAUUAAUUGCCAUUUUGGGUCCAUUCAGGUUUACCUGUAUCUCUGUCUCUUUAAAGGUGACCACCAUGUUGUGUCUGUGCUGACCGGUCUCUCUCUCCCUGCAGGUGAGCACCAGCCCCCACUGAGCAGCGACUCGGACACCUCCCUCAUCCUGGCUGUGGAGGUGGGUCUGUCCGACAUGGAGCUCUCCCUCGGGCACGACCGUGACGAGGCCAAGUCCUGA